AUGCCCUUCUUCAAGUCAGAAGACAAGGACGACAGCGACGUCAUCCACACCGGCGUGUCGUCGGUCGUCGAGGACGACUCGCUCAUCGACCACAACACCCACUUGAAGCGUCAGCUCAAAGAUAGACACAUUUCGCUCAUUGCCCUUGCAGGCAUCAUCGGGCCCGGAAUCCUCAUUGGUGCGUCGUUUGCAUUGUCCAACGGCCCUGCAAGUUUGAUCAUCGGCUUCGGCGUCAUGGGAUUGAUUGCGUUCACCAUGAUGCAGUCGUUGGGCGAGUUGGCCACCUUGUAUCCCACGGGAGGCACAUUUUCCACCUUGGGCAACAAGCUCGUGGACAGGGCGUACGGAGGCGCCGUGGGCUGGAACUACGUGAUUAUCUGGAUCGCUGUUUUGGCCAACGAAUACAACACAGUGGCAGCCAUUUUGCAGUUUUGGGGGCCGCAGGUACCGCUCUACGGCUACAUUCUCAUUUUCUGGUUUGCGUUCCUUGCGUUCCAGUUUUUGGGGGUGGGAGCCUUUGGUGAGGCCGAGUUCUGGCUUGCGUUGUUCAAGAUCGUCGGCAUCGUGGCCUUCUACAUCUUCUCCAUCGUGUACGUGGCGGGAGGUAUCCGCGGCACCAAGGCGUUCGGGUUCCACUACUGGAACGACCCAGGCCCCUUCAGCAACGGGUUCAAGAGCGUGGUCAACACGUUUGUGUUUGCGUCCACCUUCUACUCGGGAACCGAGAUCGUGGCGAUCACUGCAGCCGAAGCUGCAAACCCCUCCAAGGCCAUUCCGCGCGCCAUCAGACAGACAUUCUGGAGAAUCUUGGUCAUCUACAUGGGAAUUGCCAUCACCUACGGUAUCACCGUGCCCUACAACGACCCGGCCUUAGCUCGUUCCACCAAGGUGUUGAAGUCGCCCAUGACCAUCGCCAUCACCCACGCAGGCUGGUCGGGAGGCGCCCACUUGGUCAACGCGUUUAUCCUUGUCACCUGUAUUAGUGCCAUCAACAGCUCGAUCUAUAUCGGGUCGCGUACAAUUGUCAACCUUGCAGCGGAAGGUUCCGCACCCAAAGUGUUAAGACGGGUCAACAAGCAGGGGGUGCCGUAUUUGGCAGUGAUUCUCAUGAACGCGUUCGGAUUUUUGUCGAUGAUGAAUGUCAGUACCGGCGCAGCCAACGCAUACAACUACAUCGUCAACUUGUCAGGUGUGGCGGUGUUUAUUGUCUGGGGCAACGUGUGUUUCUACCACAUCCGCUUCAGACAGGCGUGGAAGUUGCAGGGCCGGUCUGUGGACGAACUUCCCUAUAAGGGAUUGUGGUACCCGUACCUUCCCAUUCUUGGAAUUGUGUUGAAUGUGUUUUUGGCGCUCAUCCAAGGGUGGUCGUAUUUCAAGCCUUUUGAUGCUGGUAACUGGGUGGAUGCGUACGUGUUGUUGCCCUUCUUUGGGGUGCUCUUUGUCUUCUUUAAGCUAGUCAACCGCACCAAGUGGGUCAAGUUGAGCGAGGUCAAUUUGGACGAGGGCAGACGCCGUGACGUGAUCACCCACAAGACCGACAGCGAGUCUACCAUUUAG